CGAAGGUCGCACUACUGUCGUCCGUUCGCCGGCGCCAUUUAUGUAGAGGGGAAGGGAGGUGCGGCCUGUGAUCAUGGCGCUGUUCCCGGCCUUUGCGGGUGUUAGUGAGGCUCCCGAUAGCGGGAGCUCCAGGAAAGAAUUAGACUGGCUGAGCAACCCAAGCUUUUGUGUCGGGACCGUGACGACUCUGAGUCGACAAACUGAAGAGGCCACAGUGCUUGUUUCUGAAGGGGCGCCGCGGACCAGGAGUCCUCUGAAAUCAGACCCUUCAGACGAAAGUGACGCGAACAAAAAGCGCAGACAAACCAGCAGAAAGAAGAAGAAAGAGAAGAAGAAGAAGAGGAAGCAUCAGCACCGCGGGAAAAGCAGGGGAAGACGUGGGCAGUCGGGCAGCAGCAGUGCGUCUGAGUCGGACGCUGGCUCUGUCCGGGACAGGCCUUCCAGGGGCACCGGAGACGGCAGGAAAGCAUCAGAGAAGCCGAGUCAGGAAACCAGUGCUGCCGCGGACCCCGGACAUCGCUGCGUCUGGCUUGAGGACAUCCAGGCCCUGACGGAAGACACCUUCAGAACAGACAAGAAGCCAGACCCUGCGAACUGGGAAUAUAAAUCCCUGUACCGAGGAGACAUAGCAAGGUACAAGAGGAAAGGAGACUCCUGCCUGGGCAUCAACCCGAAGAAGCAGCGCAUAUCCUGGGAGGGGGCCCCCGCGGCCAAGAAGCACGCACACAGGCGUGUCGAGCGCUACUUCACGAGGAAGAGCGUGGCGCUGCUGAACGCCGACGGAGUUGCCGUCAGCAGCCAGAGCCAGCCUCUCGCGUCCGAGCCAGCGCCCUUCAUCCCGGUGCAGGGCUCGGACGACGUGGCCCCUCCCGUGGCAACCUGGCUGAACCCUCUGGGGAUUUACGAUCAGUCCACCACGCAGUGGCUGCAAGGACAGGGUCCCUCAGAGCAGGAGUCAAAGCAGCCAGGCGUAGAGCCAGACCGCGAGGACGCGCUUCUCAAGGCCAAGGUGGAGGAGUUUAACAGGAGGGUGCGGGAGAAUCCUCGGGACGUUCAGCUGUGGAUGGCAUUCGUUGCUUUUCAGGACGAGGUCAUGAAGAGCCCUGGCCUGUAUGCCCUGGAGGAAGGGGGGCAGGAGAAGCGGAAGAGGUCCCUGAAGCUCAUUCUGGAGAAGAAGCUGGCCAUUCUGGAGCGAGCCAUCGAGAGCAACCAGAGCAGCGUGGACCUGAAGCUGGCCAAGCUGAAGCUCUGCGCCGAGUUCUGGGAGCCCCCCACGCUGGUCAAGGAGUGGCAGAAGCUGAUCUUUCUGCACCCCAACAACACCGCCCUUUGGCAGAGAUACCUUCUGUUCUGCCAGAGCCAGUUCAGCACCUUUUCGGUCUCAAAAAUUCACAGUCUGUAUGGAAAAUGCCUGAGCACUUUGUCGGCCGUCAAGGACGGCAGCAUCUUGUCUCACCCGGAGCUGCCUGGCACCGAGGAGGCCAUGUUUGCGCUCUUCCUGCAGCAGUGCCACUUCCUGCGCCAGGCCGGCCACGCCGAGAAGGCCGUCUCUCUGUUCCAGGCCAUGGUCGACUUCACCUUCUUCAAGCCCGACAGCGUGAAAGGCCUGCCCACCAAAGGACAGGUAGAAUUCUUCGAGCCCUUCUGGGACAGUGGAGAGCCCCGGGCCGGGGAGAAGGGCGCCCGUGGCUGGAGAGCCUGGAUGCACCAGCAGGAGCGGGGCGGCUGGGUGGUCAUCUCCCCAGACGAGGACGACGACGACCCGGAAGAGGACGACCAGGAAAUCGGAGAUAGGACUCUGCCCAGGUGGCAGAUCUGGCUGGCGGCGGAGCGGGCCCGCGACCGGAGGCACUGGCGGCCGUGGCGCCCGGACAAGACCAAGAAGCAAACCGAGGACGACUGCGAGGACCCAGAGAGACAGGUGUUGUUUGACGAUAUCGGACAGUCUCUGAUCCGACUCUGCAGCCAAGAUCUGCGGUUCCAGCUGAUCGAGGCCUUUCUGCAGUUCCUGGGCGUGCCUUCUGGCUUCACCCCUCCUGCCUCCUGCCUUUACCUGGCCAUGGACGAGAACAGCAUCUUCGAUCACGGACUUCAUGACGAAAAGCCACUGACUUUUCUCAACCUUUCAUUUUCCGGCGUGAGCUGUGUCGGCCGCACGGACCGGUUGGGCUGCCGGCGCUGGACCAGAGGCCACGACCGAGAGGGCGAGGAGUUCAUCCGCAACAUCUUCCACCUGGUGCUGCCGCUGUUCUCCGGCGGGGAGCGGUCUCGGCUCUGCUUCUCCUGGUUACGGUACGAGAUCGCAAAGGUCGUUUGGUGUCUUCACACUAAAAACAAGAAGAGAUUGAAGUCACAAGGAAAGAACUGCAAAAAACUAGCCAAGAAUCUCCUGAAGGAGCCAGAAAACCGCAACAACUUUUGCCUCUGGAAGCAGUAUGCACAUCUGGAGUGGUUGCUGGGCAACACAGAGGACGCCAGGAAAGUGUUUGAUACGGCACUGAGCAUAGCAGGGAGCGGAGAGCUGAGGGACCGCGAGGUCUGUGAGCUCAGUCUGCUCUACGCCGAGCUGGAGCUGGAGCUGGAGCUGGCAGCGGACCUGAGAGGGGCCGCCACGGCCCGGGCUCUUCACAUACUGACCAGGCUGGCCGAGAGCAGUCCCUAUGGGCCCUACGCCGGGCAGGUCCCAGCCAUUCACGUUCUGAAAGCUCGGAAGGCCUACGAACGGGCGCUGCAGGACUGUUGGGGUGAGGACGGCGUGUCCGACCCACCUGCCCCCGAUUCCCUUAACCGCCUCGUCAGUGUGGUUAAGUGCUUCAUGCUCUUCCAGUAUUUGACUGUGGGGAUCGACGCCGCUGUGCGGAUAUACGAGCAGGUGUUUGCAAAGCUGAAGGGCUCCGUUUCCCCGGAAGGCCCAGGCCCGGAGGCCGGCGCCGGCGCUGGGAGCGUGAGCAGUGCCCUCGAGGCCGCCACGCUGAUGCACACGAGCCUGCUCCGGUUCCACAUGAGAGUCAGCGUCUACCCGCUGGCGCCCCUGCGGCAGGCGCUCUCGGAGGCCCUGAAGUUGUAUCCUGGCAACCAGGUGCUCUGGAGGUCGUAUGUGCAGAUUCAGAGCCAGUCCCACAAUGCCAGUAGGACCAGAAGGUUCUUCGACGCAGUCGCCAGGAGUGCAGAACCCUUGGAGCCGUGGCUGUUUGCAAUUGAAGCUGAGAAAAUGAGGAAAAGGCUGGUGGAGACGGUUCAGAGGGUAGAUGGCAGAGAGGUGCAUGCCACAAUUCCCGAGACCGGCCUGACGCACCGGAUCAGAGCCCUGUUUGAGAACGCGACCCGGAGUGACCACGGCAGCCAGUGCCCCUUGCUGUGGAGGAUGUAUUUGAAUUUUUUGGUGUCCUUGGGAAACAAGGAAAGGAGCAAAGGUGUCUUCUACAAGGCGCUCCAGAACUGUCCUUGGGCGAAGGUGCUGUACAUGGACGCCGUGGAGUACUUCCCCGACGAGAUGCAGGAGGUCCUGGACCUGAUGACGGAGAAGGAGCUCCGGGUGCGCCUGCCGCUGGAGGAGCUGGAGCUCCUGCUGGAGGACUAGAGACCCCCCCACCCCGGGGGCGGGGGCCACACGUCCCAGGCCACGUCGCCUGCCCGAGGGAGCCAGGGUGAGCCCGAGGUGAUGGGGACACCUGCGUGUCAGUGGAUCUCGUUCAGGUCUCUUUCUGGGUCUGUGUCUGGGUGGUCGGUCUCACCUGUCGCACAGUUUUUACGUGUGCAAGUGACACAGAGCUCUCCUGUUACAUAUUGUAUAUGUGAACUUGCGUAUGGAUGUGCACAGACGAGAAUCGGGUCGCUCGAUGAACUAAACCUAUUGUGCUUGGUGCGUGUCCUUUGUUCUGCUCGUCCUGUACCUGGCCAGCGCCAGCCCCCCGCAGGGAGGGGGACCCGCUCACUUGGCCCCCGUGGUGGUCCUUGCCUAGUCUUCCGGGUUUUGCAGUCCUGAUAAGGCCCGGUUACUCAACGCCAGGACCUUCUCCCCCGGGGCUGGUUAGCAGGAGCAGACUCUGCCCGCCCUUUCAGACUAGAGCCCUGGGGAGUCGGUAAAACCUGGCCUGCAACGAGUGUAUCUACAGUUCCGUGUUGCUCCCCGAGUCUGACUCGGCGAUGCCCCCACCUGUGGACCAGCGGCCUCACCCGGGAGCCUGUCCAUACACGGGCUCAGCCAGCUCUGCAGAGUCAGAGUCGGCGUUCGGGCAGGACCCCGGCCCUGGUGGGCCUGGCAGUGCGGAGCGCCCUGCCUGCAGAAACGAGCAGCCCUGAGCUGCGCUGCCGGUGCCUUCCCCCAGACCCGCCCCUGCCCGGGGGCGCACCGACAGCAGGCUGUCCUGUGCUGGGCGCCAGCACUGCUUGAGGCACAGGCCCCAGCUGGCCACGUCCUUGUUUGGAUUUUUGAGGGCUGUCCAGCUUCUUGCCGGUCUUUAAAAAUCACGAUCUCUAGACUGGAAGAAAAAUUUCUUGGCAAAACUCAUCGAGAAAAGCCAGUGCCGCGGAGCAGGGUUUCGGCUAGAGGCAGACGGCUGUGAGGCUGGGGGGGAGGCAGCCCACAGGAAGCUGGCCAGCCUCGCAGACACCCGCUGCCCACUUAAUGGCUUCAAGCCUGAACUGCUCGGAAGGGGAAGUGCAAGAAUCGAGAGAAAAGAGGGAGAAGCUCUGGCACUUUCAGAGGAUCUUAAGGGUGAGGUUUCUGAACCCAGUGGGGACAAAGGCAGGACUGAUAAGAGAUUGUUCACCCCUGACCUUUUGAGAUUUCUUUUAGGAAAUCCCCGUUUCUUACCACUACUACUUUCCUGCCCCAGGAACCCACAGACCUUCCAGAAAGGAAAGCUCCAUUCCCUCCGCAGUUCACAGCUUCGUGAACGCAGCCUCUGUUGCUUAAGUGUUACCAGAGAUGGCUGGUGAGCGGCUAUGACCACUUGUUG